CGUUACUAUGUCAACGUAAAAUGCACAGCUGUCUUUGCCAUACUGUCAGUUGGUCUUGAGUAAUGAGUAAAAAUGAUGUAAAAUAAAUUCUUUUCCAAUACUUGAUCCUUUGACCCUGUUACUUAAUGUAAAACUGAAAUUGUAUUAUGUUGAUAAAUAACCAAAAUCACCUCAAUAUAUAUUAAUUAAGUUUAUAAUUAAGGAUUACACAAUGCCUACGAUCGAAGUGUAAUAUAAACUUAAGAAAUGCUUAUAAACUAAGUUUCCAAAAGAUAUAUCAGUUUUAUAAUCAUGUGCAGCUUAACAAGAUGCUAAAGUAGCUCUAGUCUAUGUCGACACUAAAACUCAUCACAGCACUGCACUGCGGCGAUGUCGGCGGAGAAGGGAGGCGGAGUCGGCGGCGACGGGGGCGCCGGCGUGCUCAUCGCGUUGCAACGCACCAUGUCGCUCGUGGUCGACAGGUAUGCAUCUCAGCAUUAUCGCUUGUCAUCCUGACUGCUACCACAGCCAUUUUCACUGCAACCAGCAGUCAGCACGCACGCGUCCGCUCUCAUUGUUGUGAUAUUCUCGUGCACUCAAAAAUGUUAAACGAGGAGAAAGAGAGGUCCCCCUGUCUUGGAGAUAGAGCCAACGGCAACAUAACGAUGUGGGGAGCACAACGACGCAUCCUCCUCGAUGUGUUGAUGGCCUGCUGGGGCCUUGGCACCUGGCUCGGUGUCAAUGGUCUUUACGUGCAACUGCCUCUGCUCGUAGAGCGACUACCCGAAGGAUGGGCUCUUCCGUCGUCGAUGACGGUCGCCAUCCAACUUGCAAACGUUGGCCUGAUCGCUUACGCUAUCUUAAGAAGACUUUUCCCGCGAGCACCCGAUGCUCCUUACAUUUAUAUAUUGCUCGUGAUCGGUACAGUGGCACUCUACCUGAACUCUUUCUUAUACACAGAGACAGCGAUGAUUGGUGGAACCGAACGUUCGUUUUCGUUUUUAGCGCUAACGUUCUUUGCAGCAUUAGUGGGCUGCACAAGUUCAGUGUUGUUCUACCCGUACUUAAGACAUUUCCGUGACGUCUACCUCGCUACGUACUUAGUGGGUGAAGGAUUAAGUGGUUUUAUACCGAGUAUACUCGCGUUGAUUCAAGGUAUCGGUGGUGAACCGGAAUGCGUUUACUCGCCGGAUAACUCGACGGUCACGGCCAUAUACCCACCGGCGCGGUUCAACUCGACAGUGUUCUUGAUAUUGCUCGGCUGCUUGUCAGCUCUGAGCUUAGUUAGCUUCGCCUUUGUCGACAACUGCUCCGCGUUCCUGUCAGAGCGAGUGAAGGAAUCAGAAGCGGCGAAAGAAGAGGAAGCGACGACAGAGCUCGAAUCGAUCUUUCAGCUGAAGUGGGUUUCCGUGUUAGUGCUGAUGGCGUUCUUAAAUGCGCUUAUGAACGGCGCUCUCCCGUCAGUGCAGACGUACUCGUGCAUGCCGUAUGGGACGAACAUUUACCACUUGGCGGUGACACUGGGCGCCAUGGCCAACCCGGCGGCGUGCCUGGCGGGAGUGUGGCUCCAGCCGGUACCGUCGCGUGUCUUGGCCGCUAUGCUGACCUUUGUGUUACUGCCGCUCGGGUACAUAUUUGCCACGGCAAAAACCCAUUCAAUGUACACAUAUCCGAGCCCUGAAAAUGUGAAUAAACUGGCGAUGUUUGGGCGUGAGGCAGGUGUGAGGUUGCGCAUCUAUCAGGACUUCCAGCAGCUGCCGGAGUUGCCUCCUUAUCGCACAUUUAGAGAGGGAAUGCUACUCGACACCCUUUGUGAUAAUGCAACACUUGUUUUAGAUAAAGCGUCUGAAAAUCGUGCAUUCAAUUUGCGUCAUUCCUGGCUCCUGAUCGAUGAUUCGCCGUAUAAUGUCAGUAAUGUGGAGCAAGUUUUAGAGAAUACUAUCAUCCUCCCCGAUGCAGACUUGACAUGGGCAUCGGCAGACGCGUUGAUGGAUGUGUACCGGGUGAAACUUGGAGAACCGCUUGUGGUAUCUAAUCUUGGAGUUCCAAAGAGUCAACAAGAGCUUCAACAACUGUGGCAUAAGUUACCAACGGCUGUUACAAGAAGAAAAGAUUUAAAAAACGUUUAUUUGAAUUCGGCUACUAUAAUCAGCCAACCUCAAUAUUUCAAAGGAUGGUCGGAUUUAACAAAUCGACAGAUCGAUACCUUCCCAAAGUUGACGUAUCCGUUACUUAUGCUGUGCGGUGAAGAUUUACAUUUCAGGUUUAAUUUAAAACAAGUGGACUUGUACGGCGAAGAGAGUAACGGUACGUUCAACGGUCUGGUGGGGCGUAUGCAGCGCGGAGAACUCGAAGUCGGCGUCACCUCCAUGUUCAUGCGCGCAGAUCGCUGGCGAGUUCUGCACUUCUGUGCUGAGACCGUGGAAUUAAAGGGCGCCUUUUUGUUUCGUCAGCCGUCUCGCUCGGCGGUGUCGAAUGUGUUCGCGCUGCCGUUUAGCCGCGGGGUGUGGGCUGCGUCAGCGGCAGUGUUCGCGGGUGCGGGCGCACUGCUAGCACUGUUCGGGAGCGCGGCGCGGUGGUGUCGCGCGCCCGAUCAUGCCGCACUCAGGCUUACAGUCACGGAGAGCUUUACGUACGCGAUCGGCACUAUAUGCCAGCAAGGUUCAGAUUUAUCUCCACAGCUGUGGUCCGUCCGACUGCUUAUGUUUUGCACACUCCUAGCGUCGCUAUUCGCGUUUACAUCGUACUCAGCAAAGAUAGUAGCAAUCCUGCAGGCGCCGAGCAACGCGUUACGCACAAUAGAUGAUCUCACACACUCGCCCAUGGACCUCGGUGUACAAGAGACCACUUACAAAAGAGUUUAUUUUGCUGAGAGUAAGGACCCGGCGACACAAUUGUUGUAUAGACGGAAGCUGCUGCCACUGGGCGAGCGCGCCUACUUAAGCGUGGUAGACGGCAUUGCGCGUGUGCGCUCGGGACUAUUUGCAUUUCAGGUGGAACAGAGCUCGGGCUACGACAUUAUUGGCAAGACGUACACGGAGCGUGAGAAGUGCGGCUUAAAGGAGAUCAAGGCAUUCACGCUGCCCAUGGUGGCAGUGCCCGUGCGUAAGCACUCAGGGUACCGGGACCUGCUCGGUGCUAGACUGCGGUGGCAGCGUGAGGUUGGCCUGAUGGAUCGCUUCCGGCGCGUGUGGAUGUGCGGACGUCCAAAGUGCGAUGCGGGACGCGGCGGUUUCGUGAGCGUUGGACUCAUGGAUGUCCUUCCGGCUGCGCAUGCGCUGCUCGCCGGAGCACUGGUCGCCGCUGCACUGUUGCCGCUCGAGAAGUUACUGCGCCGACGAAGAGCCGUUGAACGCUCAAGAGCGUUGACUCGUGUUACGUAGUAGUGACUUAUUAUU